UCUAUUGGAGGACGGAGGCGGCGAGGUGGGACUGUUGCGGGCGCUGAGGUGGUAGGCCUGGCGGAACAAAGCGGACCGAGUGGAGUCGGAACCUGGGAUCUGGUUGGGCUGGGUUUCCGUGGCCUUGUUUCAGAAAGGACGGCUCUUAACAGGGCCCGUAGGGACUUAGGGAGAAGCUCGGCUGUGUCUGGAUUCAGACGGGAUGGGCGCGCGGGGGAUGGAACUUUGAGGGGCACCAUGCCUGGCCUGGCACGACACUCCCGGAACCGCUGUGGCUGAGGGGCGGGCUCGCGAAUUUUAAAAUGCCUUCAUGGAGUUGGUUGACUAUGUGAAGACGUGACGUUGUUAUUCUGGACCACUUUGGCCCUUACAAGCCGCCCCUAGAAAAUGUUCCCUCCGCCCGAGUCUGGGAAGCUGCGACGGGAUGCAUAGGAGAUGGCAGAGAUUCUUUGAUGUGCUAUGAGCCAAAACGCGUUUGGACUUGUAGGUCGCUAAAGUUGCCGUUGCACAGGAGAAACACAAGCAUCCCCCUGUGUCCACAACCCCAGAUACACUUUGCAUUCUAACAGAGGCUAGGCCCACCGAGGAGACAGAUGAGCGCCGCAGCGGCCUUUCUUCCUAGGCAUGUGAAGGGAAGAUGAACUUGCUGGGCAAGAAUACGCAGGACUGGACAGUGCUGUGAGGAGCUGCAGAAAGCCCCGAAGCCCAGGAUGGCACUGAAAACCAAGAAAGGACUGAAAGGAUCCAUCGAUGAUGUCCUUGGUGAUCUCCUGGGAGAUGACACAGCACUGCUUGAGAAGCCUGUUGAGCCAGCUUCACAUGCCAGAGACACAGCGAGCUCACCCCAGUGGCCUUCAAAGGCAAGGUUCCUCCCAAAGGACAGUGUUGAAGGAUUGGCAGGAGCCGAUGCUGAGGUCUCCAGCAUCUCGGAUGCAGAUCCACAGGUCUUCUUGCAGAACAUGAAGGACUUGGACAGUAUGGAUGAUGAUCUCUUUGGUCGGAUGAAGUCUCACCCACCCUCCAGCAAAGGAACUGCAAAGGGUUCUGGGAAAGAAGGACCUAGCAAUCCCAAGCCUGCUGACACAUUAACAGCUAAUGAGAAAGGGGACACCAUUCCCGCUAAGAAGCCGCCACCAUCUUCCAGCAAGUUUGGGCAUCAGUAUAAGAAGUUUUCCUUUGAAGACUUUGAAGACCCACUGGCAGGACUUCUCUCUGAUGAGGAAGAAGAAACUGCCAAGAAGCUGCCUGUGAUGGAGAGUAAACUUGUUCCCAAGAGCCCGAGCGCAGCUGCAGGCCAAGGCCCUUCUGUUCCUCUAACCCCUGGGGAUACGCCUGUCCGAAAGAAAGAACCGCUCUUUGAUGAUGGGGACGACAUCAUGACUACGCUGGGCUUUGAAGACAGCCCCAAGGCAGGGAACAAGAAGACAGGAGACCAGGAAGGGCCGCUGCCAGCUCGCUCCAAGCUGGAUGAACUGCUGGGUCGAGGCACAGCUGCCAAGUUCCUCACUCGCCCUGGCACUGGGGAACGCAGGGAGUUCAAGAUGGACAAGAAGUAUCAGAAGCCGGAGGGGGAGGCUGCACCGCCACGAGACAAGGAAGACAGCUGGGAUGACGAAAUCCUCACCUUUGGGGCUUACCAGCCUACCGUGGCCUCCUCGGAGGGCCGCCAGUCCCGCAGACAGUCAGUCAGCAGGUUCUUGGGAGAAGGUGGCCCAGACUCUAAGGGCGAAACCCUAAGCUUCAAACAGAGCCCUCCACCAGCUUCCAGUCCCAUCCACCCCAGGAAAGGAGGUGCUGACUGGUUGGGCCUUAAGGACGAUGGCCUGGACCUGCUGUCUCCCUCUCCUGUUCAAAAGGCCCCACAGGAAGACUCAGCAGUGACACCCUCGCUCCUGCCUCCUACAAACCAGCCCUCAGCCCCAGAGCCACAGUCUGCCCCAACCGGGCUUCCCUCAGCAGCGAAGCCACCAGCCAAGGGUGCAAGGCCCUCUGUCAAAGCCAGCCAGGCCUCCUCACCGAGAGCAUCUGAGGAGAAAGAAGAUGACUGGUUGAGCCAUGUCAUAUCUCAGAAGAAAUCCCAAAAUCUAGCCAGAGAGGAGCGUGCUGGGCCCUCUAAGGAUCCGACCUCAUUGGGGUCACUGGGUCAGACCCCUUCUAGCAGCCUGCCUGUUGCUGGCACUCCGGUCCUGGAGCAGGCCCUUGUUGGAGAAGCCUCGAGACCAACUACACAAGGAAUUGCAGCUGUCAGGCCUGGUGUCACGGGGUCCUCCAUGAGCUGGGGCCAAGCCACUGCUCUCCCUGUAGAUGACGCCAAGAGAGGAGCAGCCUCUGCCUCUGGGGACUUCUCUAGCAGAGAGCCUGCAGUUUACAUUCCGCAUUCCCAGGAACCUAUGGGGCUCUCUGUGCCUGUCCAGACGCUCCUCCCAGAGUCCAUGAUGCAGAGUCUGCUGCCAGGCUCGGGAUAUCAGAAGCAGCUCCUGGCUGCCCAAGGGCAGCUUCAGAGCAGCACUGCCCAGCUUCAGGUUGAGCUGCUGCAGAGCCAGGCCAAGAUGUCAGAGCUGGAGGCCCAGGUGCGGAAGUUGGAGCUGGAGCGGACCCAGCACAGGAUGCUGCUGGAGAGUUUGCAGCAGCGGCACCAGGCAGACUUGGAGCUCAUUGAGGAUGCCCACAGGAGCCGUAUCAAGGUGCUAGAAACAUCCUACCAGCAGCGGGAGGAGCAGCUCCGCAGAGAGAAGGAGGUGCUGUCAGCUCAGCAUGCAGCAUACUGCCGGGAAGCUGAGCAGGCCAGGGCUGAGCUCAUAGCCCAGCACCAGCGGCAAAUGGCCGUGGCCGAGCAGGAGAAGGACCAGGAGGUGGCACGGCUUCGGGAGCUUCAGCAGGCGUCCAUCCUGGAGAUGCGCAAGGACCAUGAGCACCAGCUGCAGCGGCUGAAGAUGCUGAAGGACCAGGAGAUCGAUGCUGUGACCAGCGCUACCUCCCAUACCCGGUCCCUGAACGGCAUCAUCGAGCAGAUGGAGAAGUUCUCCAGCAGCCUGAGCACGCUGUCCUCCCGCGUGGAGGCCUCACACCUCACCACCUCACAGGAACGGGAGAUGGGCAUUCGGCAGCAGGAUGAGCAGUUGCGAGCCCUGCAGGAGCGGCUAGGCCGGCAGCAGCGAGACAUGGAGGAAGAGCGCAGCAGGCUACAGGAGGUCAUCGGGAAGAUGGAGGUGCGCCUGAGCGAGCAGAGCCGGCUCCUGGAACAGGAACGCUGGCGGGUGGCGGCUGAGAAGUCCAAGGCAGAGUCAGCCCAGCGCACUCUGGAAGAGCAGAGGAGGGUCAUGGGCCAGCAGAUUGCCAUGGAGAGGGAGGAGCUGGAGCGAGCCAAGAGCGCCUUGCUAGAGGAACAGAAGUCUGUCAUGAAUAAGUGUGGCGAGGAGCGGCGGCGCCUGGCUGCAGAGUGGGCCGAGUACUUCACACAGCAGAAACUGAGUAAGGAGCGGGCAGAGCGAGAGGCGGAGAGGGCGAUGCACGCAGACUCCCAGCGAGAGGGCACCAUCAUCAGCCUAACCAAGGAGCAGGCAGAGCUGACAGUUAGGGCCUGUGAGCUCCGGGCCAAGGAGGAGAAGCUGGUUGCUGAGAGGGAGGCUUUGGAGAGAGAGCGUCAAGAGCUCCGUCUGGAGAAGGACAGGUUACACAAGGCCAGCCUGCGCCUCCAGGCCCGCGCACAGGAGGUGGAGCACAUGAGUAAGGUAGCCUCCAAGAAGUAUGAGGAGGGCGAGCAGGCCUUGCAGGAGGCCCAGCAGAUGCAGACUGAACAGCAGGGCCGGCUGCAGGUGGUCCAGCGGCAGCAGGAGUGGCUGCGGCAGCAGGAGCAGCGUGUGCACCAGGAACAUCUGAGCCUGGCUCAGCAGAGGCUGCAGCUGGACCGUGUGCGGCAGGACGUGCCUUCCAGCCUUCCAGGGCUGCCCUCCAGAGUGCAGGGCCCCGCAGCCUCCAGCCCUGAUGCUGUCCAGGCCCCUGCUCCCACCACUCCUCAGUGUAGCCAACCAGCUGCUGCCCAGGUGCCCACACACCUUCUUGCCAAGCUGCUGCUGCUAAAGCACACAGCAGAAGAGGACCACGACUUCCUGGAGAAUGAACAGUUCUUCCUGGAGACUCUGAAGAAAGCGCCCUACAAUAUGGCGUACCAUUCUGCCUGAAAAUGCCCCUUCCUCCUCAGCGAGCAUCUGGCCAUGGAGCUCUCUCCCACUGCUGACCAGCUCCCAUCUCCAUGAGAAAGGCUCCUAGGGAAGGACUGCACUGCCCAGAGCCUGAUUACAGCUUCUUGUGUGGACAGGACAUCUGUGUGUUCUUCCCAGGCGCUCCGACCUGCAGCUCAGAGGGAGCAGUAACAGUCAGGCCAUCUUAGCACCCAUUGCCCACUCUUGCCUCAUAGCAAGACCCAAACUCAUCACCGCCUUCCACGGCAGCCCCUGCGGGUCCUUAUGCCUGGGCUCCUUUUGAGGCAGGGUUUAUCUCAGGGCAGUAGGGCCGUGCACCGUGAACAGCCUCUGCUGUCAAUGAGACGUCCUUCAGAUGGGGGGGGGAGAAGGGCCUUCCAGCUGAAUGAGCGGGCGGCCUGGCCAGGACAAGGAUGGCACUGUGCGGGGGCACCAUGCCCAGAUGGACUCUUGGACUUCAGUGCAUCGGCCUCUUCCAGCACUUCAGCUCACGGUCAGGUAGCUCACACACCCGUUACCUCCCCGUGAUUAGCUAACUCAGCAGCAACACUGGCUUCCUCCGCCCCCUCUGGGUCCCCACCAGAGGUGGGGUGGGCAGCUGUAGGAGUAGAGGCUGUGUGGAGAAGCGGAGGAAGAAGGGAGAUUGUGAGAGCUAGGGGCUGCCUGAAGCCUAGGAAGGAGCCCUGUGGCUGGGCCACCGCCCCUCCAGUAUCUAGUGUGCCUGACCGAUAGUAGGGUGUCAGGAGAGGGCCCUCGGGGAAAUGGUCCUGCAGACCUGGGACUCACAGCAGCUUCCAUUCAGGAGCACUUCCUGCCCUGCCACCUGAGAGGGCUUGUCCACAGGGGCAGGUGGGAAGAGGAGGGGCACAGUGGACGGUAAGGCACCGCUGCUCUGCUCCUCAGGACCUCUCCUGCGACCUUGCUGUCCGACCCAUUAAACUGCUAUGUUCUUUCAAGUUCUGUUUGGUUUUGCAUCAACCCUGGGGCUGUACACCCUGAAGGAAAAGGUUCUUCCCGAGUUGCCCCUGCCUCCCAUCUGCUAUGUUUCUAGUGUGUGGAUUCUUAGAAUUUGGCAGUCCCCCCUGGAAUGUGUCCUUAGUUAUUAGAAAACGAUUGUCCUGGCCGGGUGUGGUGGCUUUCAUGUGUAAUCUCUGUACUCAGGAGUCUGAGGGAAUGAGACUGCCCCCAGUUCAAGACGCGUUUGAGCUACAGGAAGUUCCAAGCCAUCAACCUGGACUACAGAAUGAGAGAAGGUGUUCUCCUUUAACCCCGGCACAUGGGAGGCAGAGGCAGGGGGGUCUCUUGAGUUUGAGGCCAGCCUGGUCAACUCGGUUCUAGGACAGCCAGGGCUAUGUAGAGAGAGAUUGUCUCAAAAAGAAAAAAUACAGUGUCUACUUUCUGCUCCUCUUAUUUGCUGGAAAACAAAACUCCACAGAAUAGGCCACCUCUGGAGAGAGCUGGCCUAUUGCAGUGGCCAGGCCAAGGCCUCUGUGCUCUUCCGCCCUGUUCUCUGGCACCUUCAGGACACCUGGAGAAGGCCACAGAUCAUCCCUGCCUUAGGGGUAGGAAAGGAAUCGGAGAUUGCAAACCCUGCACAAAGUGGCAGGCGGCAGGGCUGGGUUUGAGUUGUGCCCAGCAGGCGGAUUUUUGAGUUCGAGGCCAGUCUGGUCUACAGAGUGAGUUCCAGGAAAGCCAGGGCUACACAGAGAAACCCUGUCUCCAAACAAAUAAACAAACAAAAAAAAAAAAAAAAAAAAAAA